GCCUCACCGCGCAUGCGCAUGUCGCCUUCACGUACCCUCGGUCAACAACAUGGCGGCCUCCUUGCAGCUGGGUCGUCAAGGAAUACUAUUUGGAUUACGAUUUAACCUAAUUAAACAAUGUCAACGGACGACAACCCCGUGGCUUCCCCAUGCCAGGACCUUCCACCGGUGUCCGGCCCUCCUUGGUGUCGCACCUCUCAAAGUCGAAAUGCCGGCUCUUUCCCCCACUAUGGAGGAGGGAACUAUCGUCAAAUGGCUGAAAAAGGAAGGUGAGGAGGUAGCCGCAGGAGACGCACUGUGUGAGAUCGAGACGGACAAGGCCGUGGUUACCAUGGAGUCCAGCGAUGACGGAGUCCUGGCAAAGAUCUUGAUGGAGGAGGGCAGCCGCGGCGUCCCCCUGGGCACCCUCAUUGCCCUGAUGGUGGAGGAAGGGGAGGACUGGAAGCAGGUGGAGGUCCCCCCUCCGACGGCCCCUCCUGCAGCCCCAGCCGCCGCCGUCGCUGCCUCCGUCGCACCUCCGCCUGCUCCUGCCCAGCCCCCACCCCCACUACCGCCCGCAGUCCACACUAUCAGCUCAGCACUACUGCGUCUGAGCCCAGCGGCGAGGAACAUCCUGGACACCCACGGCCUGGACCCCCGCCUGGCCACGCCCACCGGUCCUAGAGGACUCAUCACCAAGGAAGAUGCUCUGAACCUGCUUAAGGGGACCCCUUCCUCCGGAGCCGCCGUACCCGUGGCCGCGCCCACCGCCCCUGCUGCCCCCCCGGCCUACACCCCCGCCCCGGCCGGCCCUCCCCCAGCCCCGGGCCUCAGACCCAACAUACCUCCGCUCUCCAUCCCUGGGAAGCCCGGCGCUCCGGGCACCUUCACCGACCUCCCAGCCUCCAACAUCCGGCGCAUCAUCGCUCAGCGGCUGACCGAGUCCAAGACCACCAUCCCCCACGCCUACGCCAGCGUGGACUGUGACAUGGAGGCCGUCAUGAAGCUACGCAAAGACCUGGCCAAAGAACAGGUCAAAGUUUCUGUCAACGACUUUGUCAUCAAAGCGGCCGCAGUCACGCUCAAAGAAAUGCCGGAGGUAAAUGUCACCUGGUCCGGGGACGGACCCCUGGCGCUGGACUCCAUCCACAUCUCCAUCGCCGUGGCGACGGAGAAAGGGCUCAUCACCCCCAUCAUUAGGGACGCAGCCGACAUGGGGGUCCAGGAGAUUUCUGCCACUGCUAAGGCGUUGGCCCAGAGGGCUCGGGACGGGAAGCUGAAGCCAGAAGAGUACCAAGGGGGAUCGUUCAGCAUCUCCAACCUGGGCAUGUUCGGCAUCAGCGGCUUCAGCGCGGUCAUCAACCCGCCCCAGGCCUGCAUCCUGGCGGUGGGGGGGUCGCGGGCGGAGCUGCGGCCGUCGGCCGACCAGCAGACCCUGCGCACCCAGCAGCUGAUGACCGUCACUCUGUCCAGCGACGGGCGGCUGGUGGACGAUGCCCUGGCCUCGCGCUUCCUGGAGAAACUCAGGGCCAACCUGGAGAAGCCCCAGCGCAUGGCCCUGGUCUGAUGAGCGCGAGGAGGGGGAGAGAUACAGUGGGGGAGAGGGGGGAGAGAAAGAGGGGAGAGAGAGAGACGCAGGGAUAGUCUGUCAGACCAACCAAUCACCUCUACAAUGUUCAAACUUCACAGGGGAGGGGAGGAAGGGUUGGGAGAGAGAGAGCAACAACAACAAGGCACUCGCAAAAGGGCCGCGAUAAAGCCUGGCUCUACAUAAAGGUUUCACAUCGCGGGUUAAUCCUCCGUGUUCACGAGGAGUAUAUUCCCCGCUCUGAUCCCUGUGUCUCACUCUGGGUUUCAUGGCUCCUCUGUACAUCGUUUCUAGUGUUUAACAGUCCAGCUCUUCUGCGGCUGAACCCUGGCCUUUUAAAGUCCCUGAUCAGCAGGUGGGGGGGCAGCUUAACACUGGACAGCUUCUAGAGGGGGGGCCCGGACUUUAGAGCAGCCAACCCGGCCAAAUGUUACUUUUACUGUGGAGGAGGAGUCAUCUUUUAGGAGUAGGAAGGUGAGCAACGUCAAUUUACAAAUAUGUCCCUUCUUCCGAUGGGAAAUUAAUUCUGUGUAAAUAUCGAAUAGUUCAAAAAUAAAGUUCUCUGUUUCUAAUUGCAAACUCUAUCUUAAUUUAUUUUGCAAUUAGUUUCAACCUUCAAUAAAUACUGUUUUCCCGGCCCCGUUUGUAUAUUUUUUCUCCGGUUUUGAUGCGAUGACCUUGCACAUCUGUCCGCUCUCUGUGUGAGGGCGAAGCCGCGUUGGUAUUCUUUGGUCCUACUGACUGGUGCAUCUGUUGCCGUGGAGGAACACCAAAUCCAGGCGAUCGCUCGGUGCUUCUGUAACUUUAUUUAACAUGAAACCUUUGUGAACUUCUUUCAGAAUGUAUCAGUCGAAUCAAUGUGUACAAACAACAAGGUAAUAAAGAGGCGUGUGGUGUCUUUGAUGCCACUAACAUCC